AUGGAUAACUAUCUAGCUCUCAGACCUAUGGCAGAAGAGGAAACGAUCAAGUUCACUAUGCUACACCUUGAUGGGGUGGCGCAUGAAUGGUGGUACCAUGGCCUAGUUACUCUGGGUCAUCGGUCUAUCACAACUUAUGAUGAGUUCACUACUAGGCUCAUCGAGAGGUUUGAAAAGAAGGAUCCUGAAAUUCAUUUCAGAGAACUGGCACAAUUGAAACAGUAUGGCACUAUUGAUGCCUACAUUGUGGAGUUUCAGAGACUCUCAGUCAUGGUGACUGGAAUCACGGAGAGGAGAUUGGUGAUCCUUUUCAGUGAAGGGUUGACAGAACCACUCAAAGGUUGGAUUAAAGCCUUUGAUCCACCAACCCUGCAGGAGGCCAUGAAGAAGGCAAGAAACAUGGAGUGGGCUGCUCCUAAGGCAAAAUUUCAGUCAAAUUCCCCCUUCCAGAAAAGGGAUAAAGGGAAAAGACCUCAGCAUAGACCUCCUUUGAGACCUCAGCACAAGGAGUUCAAACAUCACAAUCCCCAUGUCACUAGGUUGGAUCCUGAAACCCUGAAUGAACUCAGAAGAAAAGGGUUGUGUUUCCGGUGUAGGGAAAAAUGGUCUCAAGAUCAUGUUUGCCCUAAGGGAGUUAAAUUCAAUCAGAUUGAGUACUAUUCUGCUAGUGAAAGUAGUUCUAAUUUUUCCGACCAGCAAUUUGAUUUUGAAGAAAGUGAGGUAGAAAGAGCUCCAGAAGAGUUUGGAGAUGAGAAGGAAAGUGGUGGAGUUUUGGCUCAGCUUUCGAGCUUCCAAAGAAACGAAUCAUUCAAGGUUCAAGGGAUGAUCAAAGGGCAGCGAAUCGUUGCCUUGAUCGACACUGGAGCAACACAUAACUUCAUUGAUGAAGUUGUGGUAGCAAAGAAGGGGCUGCAAACAGAGGAGUUUGAGGGCUUCAAGGUCAUGGUUGCCGAUGGAUUCCAUAUUUCAUGUACUAAGAAAAUCUUGAACUUGAAAAUGCAAUUGGGGAAUUACGAAGUCAAGGAUGACUUCUAUGUAGUCCACAUUGGAGAUACUGAUGUUGUCUUAGGCAUUCAAUGGCUGCGUUCUCUUGGGGAGAUCUCCUUGAAUUUGCAGACUAUGGAGUUGAAGUUUCAAUCUGAUGGGAAGAAGAUAGUUCUAAGAGGAAUGUCCAAUGGGGGCCCUCGGGUUGUGUCAUUCAAAAGAAUGGCAAGGCUGAUCUGUCACGAUCAAGCCGAGUGGGUUGCAGAGUGCAUGAUCCUUCCUGCUAGUCCGGUUGAGACUAAACGAGACCAUCCUCCUGAUGUUCAGUCUCUACUCACGAAGAAGAGCAAGGUCUUUGCAGACUUGCCUCCUGGACCACCACCUGAACGAGGUUCAGAACAUAUCAUAGAGCUCAAGGAAGGAGCUAAACCGGUGAUUACAACUCCAUAUCGGUACCCGAAGAGGCAAAAGGAUGAGAUUGAGAAGAAUAUUCAAGAACUCUUGGAGAUGGGUUUCAUUCGCCCAAGCAAGAGCCCCUUUGCAUCUGUCGUGGUUCUUGUGAAGAAGAAGGAUGUCAUGCCAUUUGGGUUGAAUAACGCUCCGGCUACCUUUCAGUCUUGCAUGAACCGUAUUUUUCAGAAUCAGUUAAGGAGAUUUGUGUUGAUUUUUUUUGAUGACAUACUGAUUUACAACAAGACUUGGGAGGAUCAUCUCAAGCACUUGGAGGAAGUGCUUAGUAUUCUGGAAUCUGAGAGUUUGUUCGCAAAAGCAUCCAAAUGUGAAUUUGGAAUGGAGGAGUUACUGUACCUUGGCCACAUAAUCAGUGCUGAGGGAGUAAAGGUGGAUCCUGAAAAGAUCAAGGCAGUAGUUGAGUGGCCACCUCCUGAGAACUUAACUCAGUUGAAAGGUUUUUUGGGUCUUUGUGGUUUUUAUCGGAGAUUCGUAAAGGGGUAUUCACAGAAUGCUGCUCCCCUUACUGAUCUCACCAAAAAGGGAGCCUUUUGUUGGUCAGAAAAAGCUCAAAUUAUUUUUGACAAGUUCAAGAAGAUCAUGAGCUCGUGCCCAGUUCUGGCUAUUCCGGAUUUCUCCAAGCCAUUCGAGUUGCGGUGUGAUGCAUCGGGUGAAGGAGUUGGGGCUGUCCUGAUGCAAGACAAACACCCUAUUGUGUUUGAGAGCCGAAAAUUAAGGGGUGUGGAAAGAACAUACUCAAUUUAUGACAAGGAAAUGCUUGCCAUUAUGCAUGCAUUAGCCAAGUUCAGGCAGUACUUGGUGGGGAACAAGUUUGUGGUUAAGACUGACCACAAUCGCCUCAAGCAUUUCAUGCACCAGAAGGACCUAAAUGAGAGGCAACAGAAAUGGCCUUACAGACAGUCUACUCUCAAGAAGAGUGGAGUUGAGAAGCUCAAACCUCGUUUCUAUGGGCCAUUCAGGGUCAUCAGAAAAGUUGGGGCAGUAGCUUAUGAGUUAGAGCUACCUUCUGAUAGCCGAGUGCAUAAUGUUUUCCACGUGUCUCGUCUCAAGAAGGCACUUGGACAUAAUGUGGUUGCUUCAUCACAGUUGCCGCCUUUGGAUGAGGAGGGACAGUUAGUUCUAAUUCCAGAGGAGAUACUUGAUUUCAGAGAACGUUCUUUGAGGAAAAGAACUAUCAGAGAAUACCUAGUGAAGUGGAAGAACCUACCUAUGGAGGAUGCGACUUGGGAAAGUGAUGAGAUUCUGCAGCAUUCUGGCAUGAUUGAAGAGUUAAGUUGA